ACAGCAGCCCUUGACACUCAAAUCGAAUAAAUAGAAACAACAACACAUUUUUGCUUCACUCCCUGCCAAUAAAUUUGAUGGUUUUUUAUUUUUAUUUAAACUCUUUUUGAUAAAAUGCAACGCUUACACGCUAUCCCAAAAAGUCCAAAAGAUUUUGACAAAUGUUUGGUUGAGCUGUACAAACCCAAGAAGUUUGUGGCCGAAUCACUGACUUCCAUUUAUUCGAGUCGCACCUCAGUUGACUUAAAUGGAUUCAUUCGCAUUGAUUCAGCCAGGGCCAUCGGGGAUCGUCACCUGAAAGCUUCCCCAAAAUUGCCCAGCAUCCAGGAGCGCAGUUCGCAAUCGCAGAACAAGAAUCUCUAUGACCUCUCCCUCCAACUCACGGAUCAGGAGGAAGCCGGGAUCUCGGAUUGUGAGAAGUCGAAGCCGGUUAAAGCCAUUCCGAUUGGUCAGGGUAAUGAGGGGUCUUUCGAUCUAAUGAAGCAAUUGAAAGUUAGGGAUCGGACGAAGGUAAAGGACGCCGGGCACCACAGAAAAAAAACUCCCUCUUUUUCCACUAUACCGUGCACAAACAAGAGGAUCAAAAGAAAGAAAAGGGAAAAUGAUGAAAACGUUGCCGGACCCCUUAACUUAAAAACGUUUACUAAGUUAAGACGCAGGCUUCCCGAAAGCUAUCAAUACCUCUGUGCCGAACCAGUGAUCUUACCUUCAAAAACGCCUGACGCCCCAGUCACAACAAACCGGCCACCGGUCAAAGUACAGGAAGCCAAAGUUAAACCUCGUCUAGUAGAACCCGAAUCAGAUGCGGAAUCCUUUAGAUACUCCGAUAACCCAAAGAAGACCCUCAAAAUACUGUUUGAAAGAGCAGCUCGGAAUACUGGGACCCACAAUCGGGAUGUGGAAGUGGAAACAUUUGAAAAUAUAAAUUUGGGAGGAGUGCUUGAGGAUCGCGCUUCGCAGCAGGUUCAACUUGCGCUGCAUGUGAUUGAUGAUCACUACUUUUAUAGUUUGCUUAUUUUUGUGGCCACCCUGGCGUACUUGGUCUAUAUCCUGUACUACGAUAUUACUAGCAAAAUGAACGAAGAAGGCCGGUAUCAGGAAAAAAUGAAAAACUCUAGACUGCCGAUGAAGGCUUACUACUAUUUGAUGCGUCUGCUCAGAGCGCCCAUUUUCUGAUGGGCCAGCGGAUUUGAAGAUUUAAUCAAAACAUUGUUCAUAACAACAGCGAACUCUAUUAUUCAGUUCUAUUUCAAUGGUGAAAUAUUUAUUGUAAAAUAUUUAUAAAUGGA